AUGCGUCUGUUUCUGCUGGCGGUGCUCUUCUGCUGCUCCUGCGCGCGGGCCGGCUGCGAGCCCAAGAUUGUGAACAUCGGGGCCGUCCUGAGCCAGAAGAGAUACGAGCAAGUCUUCAAAGACGCCGUGACCCAAGCCAACCAGAUCUACGGGAGGGAUAAAUUCAAGCUCACCGCCAUCUCCGUAACGCACAAGCCCAACGCUAUUCAGAUGGCUCUGUCGGUCUGCGAGGACCUCAUCUCCAGUCAG